AUCAAUUACCCCUGAGAGUUUUCUACCAAAAAAUCGAAACUUCAAACUUACACAGGAAAAUGUUGUCAUACAAAUUUAUUUCAAUAAAAUCUAUUCCAACAUCAGCACAUCCUUUUCGACAAUUUCGAAAUUUGCCAUUUCCAUGUCCUUUUCCUCCUUUGACACGAUACAAAUCUGAAUUUGGUGGCAAAUGUAAAUGCAUUCAAACAAAUAUUCCGCAUCCGCCAAGAGAUCCCCCUGAGAAUUACAAUCCGACAUCCUUUUGCCACUGUGCAUUUAGAAAGCCAAAAAACAUUCAACCACUAGUGUUUCGUCCUAUGGAAACCUACGAGAUACUUGGACCGAAUGCGUCUAAGAAAAAAGUCUACAAAAAUCCAGAAUAUUUUGCAUAUCAUCGGUUUUCUCAUGUCGAUCUGUUUAUGAAUGCAAUGCGCAUCCGAAUGGAGAAAAGAAUGCAACAAAUGUGUCCUUCUUCUGAGAAAGCUGAGGAAUGCCAGGAAGAAAACGAAGAUAGUGAUGAGGAUUUUGAGGAAGAAAAUAAGAAAAAUUCCGUGGAGCAGAAAGGUGAUAUAAAAAAUGAUUGCAAAACUCAUAAAAAGGGAAAAUAGUUUUUUUUUUGUCUCUGCGUCCGAAUGGAAGAUAUUAAAAAUUAAUGAAUAAAGAAUUUUUUGUUUUUAAA